AUGUCUGAAGUGGACAUUUCCGACUCCCUGCCGAAUGGUGACGACGAUUCCGCCUUCCCGGAGGAGGAGGCCGCCGCCUCCGACCACCCUGGCGGGACGACGGCGGAUAGUGUCUCCUCAGCCCCUCCUGGAGUGGUGACCAACCAGGGGACCAUUCCUGCAGACCAGGUGUUUGUUGCGACAUCACAAGGCUUGCUCACAGCCGAGCAACUACAGGAGGCCGGCAUUAAGACAACGCAUAUCGUCAUCCAUGAUCAGACUUUGAAUGUCGGAACAGGGGAUGACGAUCCUACCCAAUUGAAAACUAAGCAGGACCAAGAUCAAGACGUGCAAAAGGGUUUCAAAUACCAGUGGGACGAAUCGGUACAUUGCACCAUUCUACCUGUCAGGUGUAAAAAUUCCAACGGCGAGCUUCACAAGAAUAAAUUUGGAUCAGGUGGACGAGGAAAAUGCAUCAAAAGUGCAAAUGCCUGGUACACACCCAAUGAAUUUGAGGCCUUCAGUGGUCGUGCAAGUAGCAAGGAUUGGAAAAGGAGCAUUCGAUAUGGUGGGCGUACUCUUCAGUGCUUGAUUGAAGAUGGCUUGCUACGACCACAUGCAACAUCUUGUACCUGUGCCGCAUGUUGUGAUGAUGAGUCUGUUACUGGACCCAUUCGAUUAUUUGUACCUUACAAACGUAGGAAAAGAGAUAGUGAAAGUGGUCCACCUUCCCCAACUUUGAAAAAACAGCGGCCUGGCUGUCCAAAAUCUCCAACAGUAGUGCCUUCCGGAAUGCCAAAAGAAGUGGUUGUAACUUUACCAAGUGGCCAGGCACUUAGCCGACCACUUAGUGUUAAUAAUGCAGAAAAUGGUGAAACUGUGCAUAUUGUAACAACGGAUGCACAAGGAAACUUUGUAGCUGGAGAUGCUGUUGUCAUGACAUCUCUGGCUAAUGCCUCUAAAACUUCUGUAACCAAUGUAUUAACAAUGGAUGUAUCUGAACAGAAAUAUUGGUGGCAACUUGAAGAGAUGGCCAAUACCUUAGUACAGCAAUCGCAGCAAUUAAAAAGCAUGAUUGAGCAAGCAAAACAUCAAAGCCUUGUUGCCAAGGAGACAGCGCUGCAACAGCUGAAGAUUCAGAUGGAAAAAGAAAAGCAUGAAGCAUUGAAUACUGCAAGAAUAGAAAAUCAUAUGAGUCUUCAGCGUACUCUGAUGGAAGAACGAGCUCAAAAGGAUAUUGCUGUACAAAGUGCUCUGGCCCAAGCUCGUGCCGAGAUGCAGGACAACAGUGUGACCCUUGUUUCCAGCGAUAAAGUAACUUAUGCAGUUGCUUGGACUCAUCAGAACACACAGGGUCACAUUGAUAGUAUCAUAGAUGGUGAUGUGGAAGAGGAGCUAGAUAAAGACAAAGACUGA